CACUACGCAGGCAACAUCCGACACCAGCCGACGUCGUCCGUCUCCUCAGUCUCCCUUACACAAAACACAAAGCGCCCGAUCACCGGAUCCCCUCACUGCCGCCACUGAAUCAAACCUCGCGUUUGACCUGUGUUUUCGACACUCGGCCCAUUCAGCUUGCCCGGCGCUCCCACCAGAGACAGGGCUAUUUAGUCUUCCAGCAAAUCUCACUCCGUCCUUUGUUCUGUAACAUCAACACAACACUUUACAAUGGCCGAAUUUAUCCGCGCCCAGAUCUUCGGAACUACCUUUGAGAUCACCUCGAGGUACUCCGAUCUCCAGCCUGUCGGCAUGGGAGCUUUUGGCCUUGUCUGCUCCGCGAAAGACCAGCUCACCAACCAGAAUGUCGCCAUCAAGAAGAUUAUGAAGCCCUUCAGCACACCGGUCCUCGCCAAACGCACGUACCGUGAGCUGAAGCUUCUCAAGCACUUGAGGCACGAAAACGUCAUUUCUCUGAGCGAUAUCUUCAUCUCUCCUCUCGAGGAUAUCUACUUUGUUACCGAGCUUCUCGGAACCGAUCUUCACAGACUUCUCACUUCUAGGCCUCUUGAGAAGCAGUUUAUCCAGUACUUCCUGUAUCAGAUCAUGCGCGGCCUCAAAUACGUUCACUCCGCCGGCGUUGUCCACCGUGACUUGAAACCAAGUAACAUCCUGGUCAACGAGAACUGCGACUUGAAGAUUUGCGAUUUCGGCCUUGCGCGUAUCCAGGAUCCUCAGAUGACGGGCUAUGUUUCUACUCGUUACUACCGCGCCCCCGAGAUCAUGCUCACUUGGCAAAAGUACGACGUCGAGGUCGACAUCUGGAGUGCCGGCUGCAUUUUCGCCGAGAUGCUGGAGGGCAAGCCCCUCUUCCCUGGCAAGGACCAUGUCAACCAGUUCUCCAUCAUCACCGAGCUUCUCGGCACUCCCCCAGACGAUGUCAUCAACACGAUUGCCAGCGAAAACACCCUGAGAUUCGUCAAGUCCCUUCCCAAGCGCGAGCGUCAGCCCCUGAAGAAUAAGUUUAAGAACGCCGAUUCAUCAGCUGUCGAUCUGCUCGAGCGCAUGCUUGUCUUUGACCCUAAGAAGCGGAUAACUGCCACCGAGGCCCUUUCACACGAGUACCUUGCUCCUUACCACGACCCCACCGACGAGCCGGUUGCCGAGGAGAAGUUCGAUUGGAGUUUCAAUGAUGCUGAUCUCCCGGUCGACACAUGGAAGAUCAUGAUGUACUCCGAGAUCCUGGACUAUCACAACGUCGAAGCCUCGGGGCAAAUGAUGUUCCCGGACGAAGUUCCGCAAUAAAACACGGCAACGGCAGGGUCCGAGACAUGGCCCCGAAUCUACAACACAGGGGUGGAGUAGAAGUCCCCUGGCUUCAUGAUACCACGACAUCAUGCCACAUGAUUUCUUACCGUCAUAAUCCACUUUUUUUUCCGGUCAACUUUGUAGGGGUUCUCCGAUUUUGUUUUUGUCUACAAUGUUUGAAGAGCGGGGAAGCGGAUACACAUCAGAAAA